UAAGUUUACACACAUUCCCAGUGUGGGCAGCAAUCAGUCCAUGCUCCUGUCUCAGGAAUCCAGUCCGGCUUGAGAGCCCUGCUGCCCUUUUGUUGUCCUCCCCACGAGGGUGAUCAGUUGAGGACUAUGUGGUGACAGAACCAGUUUGUAACAGGCUUGUCUUUCACCUUUCUCCUCUCCAGGCUUUGCUGGCAAGACUCAUGUGAGGAUCUGAGAGAGGCGUGAGUGCAAAAGGGCUGUAAAGUGAAAUAAGAAAAGGAAAGAAACGGGAGAUUUAAACCACAAGCAAAUCAGUGCUGCUGCUGCUGCUGCUGCUGCUACUGCAAUGAACUGGCUAGAAGAAUCAAACUGGAGGUUUCACGUUUCCCUCCUCAUGCUGCUCUCGAUGCACACCAGGGCACACUUUCUAGACAGCAGGCCCUUGAGGAGUUCCGGGAAGGUGAACAUGGAAACCAGGAAGGAAGACAGCGGGGGCACGGCAGCAUCUCCUCCUCAGAAGAAGCUGUUUUGCCAUUGCCAUCACUACUGCCCCGAAGAGUCAAAAAACAACACCUGCAGUACUGAUGGCUUUUGUUUUGCCAUGGUAGAAGAUGAAGACUCUGGAGGGCAGACUUUCACCACAGGCUGUAUCGGGUUAGAGGGUUCUGACUUCCAGUGCCGGGACACGCCACUGUCCCAACCGAGAAGAUUAAUUGAAUGCUGCACAGAUCAGGAUUACUGUAACAAAGAUCUUCACCCUACGCUGCCACCACUGAUAAAAGGAGGUUUGGAUGAGGGAAAUGUCCAUCACAAGGCCUUACUGAUUUCAGUGACUGUCUGUAGUGUCCUCCUAGUGCUUAUCAUCAUAUUCUGUUACUUCAGGUUUAAAAGGCAAGAAAGCAGACCUCGGUACAGCAUCGGGCUUGAACAAGACGAGACUUACAUUCCACCUGGAGAAUCCUUGAAAGACCUCAUUGAACAGUCUCAGAGCUCGGGAAGCGGUUCUGGGCUCCCUCUUCUGGUGCAAAGGACUAUAGCAAAACAGAUUCAGAUGGUGAAGCAGAUUGGUAAAGGUCGCUAUGGAGAGGUCUGGAUGGGGAAAUGGAGAGGAGAGAAGGUGGCCGUCAAGGUUUUCUUCACGACGGAGGAAGCCAGUUGGUUUCGAGAGACGGAGAUCUAUCAGACCGUUCUGAUGAGGCAUGAAAACAUUUUGGGCUUCAUUGCUGCAGACAUCAAAGGCACAGGGUCUUGGACUCAGCUGUAUCUUAUCACAGACUACCAUGAGAAUGGAUCCCUGUACGACUACCUGAAAUCCACUACCUUGGAUACAAAAGCCAUGCUGAAGCUGGCAUAUUCCUCAGUCAGCGGACUGUGCCAUUUGCACACUGAAAUAUUCAGCACUCAAGGCAAGCCAGCGAUUGCCCACCGGGACCUCAAAAGCAAAAACAUCCUGGUGAAAAAGAACGGAACUUGCUGUAUAGCAGACCUGGGUUUGGCAGUUAAAUUCAUUAGUGACACAAAUGAGGUGGAUAUACCACCCAACACCAGAGUGGGCACAAAGCGGUACAUGCCUCCUGAAGUCCUAGAUGAAAGCUUAAAUCGGAAUCACUUCCAGUCAUAUAUCAUGGCCGAUAUGUACAGCUUCGGACUCAUCCUUUGGGAAAUAGCAAGGAGAUGUGUUUCAGGAGGUAUAGUUGAAGAGUAUCAGCUUCCAUAUCAUGACCUUGUUCCCACUGACCCUUCAUACGAAGACAUGAGAGAAAUAGUAUGUAUCAAGAAGCUACGGCCCUCGUUUCCCAACAGGUGGAGCAGUGAUGAGUGCCUAAGACAAAUGGGCAAACUCAUGACAGAAUGCUGGGCUCACAACCCUGCCUCUCGGCUCACAGCUCUGCGAGUGAAGAAAACUCUUGCCAAAAUGUCAGAGUCACAGGACAUUAAGCUCUGAUUCGGCUGAAGAAAGGCACCUCUUUGCUAAAUCUCAGAAAAAUAGACUUUCCUUCAUGUUUCAAAGAGACAGGAAGAGGAAUUACAAGACUUCGCUAAUAUAAACCUUGAACGCAGUCUUUCGGCAAAUAAUCUUCCACUCUGGCGCAGGGGCCAUUCCAGGAGAAAGAAAGCAACGCGGCUCCAUCAAGUUUGGUUCCUCGGCUGCCAGAUGAGAAGACCUUUGGCCUCUUUUGGAAGCGGUGGGAGAAACAGUAUCGGUAACUGCUUCAAGAUUAUGCAUGCUGCUUUCUGUGAAAGCCCCUAAUGUUAUUAAUAUUAAUAUUAUUAUUAUAUUUGGACUGUUUAAUUUUCAUAAAAAUGAACCUUUGCAAAUACAAAGUACAAGAAAAGAA